AUGGAACGUGGUAAGGUAGAGAUAGUUUCGGCAGAUGAGCUAAGUGAAGUAGAUUCAUCUUUCAACCAACAAGAAAGUCCGCGUUUCCCUCCAUGGACGAGUUCACAGAUCAAUGCAAUGAUUUUGCCUCAAACUCGCAACAUUUGUGAUAAUACACAGAUGGCGACUUUAAAUGACGAAAUGUGGAAUGGACGCGAGGCUAGACCGUCAGCACCAUUGUUAACAUCAAUGUCAGAACCGAAUAUGAGACAAAUUCAGCAAUGUGACACAAAUCGGACACAGGAAACUGACAAACUGGACCGACUAUUAGAGUUAUUUGCAGACAUGAAACGAGACGUUAGUCAGAAAAUUGACAUAUUAAACCAUACUAUGACCGAAAAUUUUGAACGGACGACAAAACAGAUGACAGAAUUAAAUAACACCACUCAACAGCUCAGCCAGCGAUUUGAGACAUUGUCCGACCGAGUCACUAAACAGGAAGAAACUUUGGUUACAUUCACACACGAAACAAAAAACAAUAUCACCCGAUGUGAGAAUCAGUUAACUCAAAUAGUUAAUGUGCAGCAGGAAGUGAACACCCGUGUGGAAGAGUUAGCUCAGGCCCACACUUCAGCUAGCUCCACCCAAGAAAAGCUGACUGAAGAAGUGGGAAAUAUUACCCAACAACUUACAAUGGUAGUUCUUGAACAGACCCACCUCAAAGAAAAGAUAGAAAAGUUAGAAGAUCGAGCGGACCUCGCGUCACUAAACAACGACACCAACAUGGCCGAAAGAAUUGUACAUGAAUGUAAAUUGUGUGACGACUAUCUGGACAAAAAACUUGAAACAAUUACACAGGACAUACUUUCAAAAACAAAGACACAUACACUGUACUGGACCAAACCAGCCGACUUGUCAGCGAUAAUUGACACUUUAAAGAGCCACUUACCCUUUCCAUACCGAGACAGAUUAAUAGGAGUACCGGAGAAUGACGUUAAGACUUUCUUAAACUUCUUAGAUCAAAUGGACGUAGUUUACAGAGGCGAUUCACGCCAUUCAAAUUUUACUCAUAUUAGUAACCAAAAUCAGCACCCACCCCAAAGGAACCGUAGUGACGGUGGUUGGUGGAACCAUCCGUCCGCGCCGCGACACAAUACGACGCCUGCGCGCGAAACAUAUUCAAAUGGAAACGUGUAUGACAGUAGGAACAACCGCAGAAAUUCGUGGAAUAAUAACAAUAAUUAUCACCCAUAUCAAAAUGGUAACUACAAGCAAAAUGAAAAUUACAGACAGUACAACAACAACAAUAGGAGACGUGAGAAUAACCGGUACAACCCGGGCUACUUUGACAGGAACAUGACAUAUAACAGACAUAAUUACCACCAAAACAAUACCAAUCCCAACAAUCACCGACAGAAUAUGUGGAACACACAAAAUUCACGCAUGACAAAUCAUAACCCUACACGGAAACCGCCGCCGUUCCCCGGUACAGUUAUGCACUCCCCGCCACGAAGUAGCAAUAACAAUUGCGGCGCGCCAUCAGCUGACGCGUGGGCGCCAACCAACCGGAAUGUAAACAUAGUGGAGCUGGUCAAUGAACCCGGCCAAACACAGCAGACGACGGAAAACAGUCGACGACCGAGCUAA